AGAGAAGACAAGAUGCUAAAGAGAGAAGAAGAAAUCCUUUGCAAUGCAAAGUGAAAAAAUUAAACUGGGAGAGGAGUCUUUGCCACUUCACAAAGAAGUUCAUAAGGAAUGCUGAUUUCCCUAGUGAGGAAUUACCCUUGGUUGGGCGGGAGGAUCUUGUGGUUCAGAGAUCAAUGCCUUCUGAGUCAAAAAGAUGUGGACUUUUCUUCACAUACCUGUGAGCUAUUGGCGGUGUGACCAUCUACCCUAAGCGUGCUAGGUUACAUGUAGCCAUCUCUUCCUGGAGUACACAGUGUGAUGUUUUGAGUUCACCCUCCCAGGAUGUCUCAGUAACUUUUAGGGGUUAAUGAGUAGCUUCUCAGUUCCUGCCUCGUUUAAUUGUUCAAAGGCCAGCUGGGCCCAGUGUAUAAAGCUGCCAGUCAGCUAAUGAGUGGACUCUGCUUGAGCCAGCCUGGAAGUGGAGGGGUGGCAAGGUUGGGCUGCUGAGAUCCUGGGGCGCAGGGAUGCAGAACAAAACUAGCCUAGUUCUCUGUGCUCUGACCCUCCUGAUGGGUUUCCUGAUGAUCUGCCUGGGAGCCUUCUUCGUUUCCUCAGACUCCGUAGUCCACUGUCAGAAGAACUUGGUCCUGGCGUACUUGCUCCUGCCUCUGGGGUUUGGGAUGCUUCUGAGUGGGAUUUUCUGGAGCACCUACCAGCAAGCAAGCAAAAGCAAAGGCGUGUUCAGUCAUGUGCUCAGACAGCACCUUGUUCACAGGGACCCGCCCCUGGCCACAGUGGACAGGCCAGACUUUUACCCUCCAGCUUACGAAGAGAGCCUUGAUGCUGAGAAAUGGGCACAUGCUGCAGGGGGAGAGGCCUUGGGUAUUCCUCCACCUCUGUACACAGAGAUGGGCCUUGAGCUCAAGGACAGAUGUGAAGUCCACCCAGAGGCUCCACCUUCCUACCGAGACUCUGUGACAGAUUUAGCAGCUGCAGUGACUUCAGAAGGUGCAAGACCACACCCGGAGCUGACUGCAGGGCAAGCUCUCCAGCACACAGGAUGCACUCCUGGGGGGCUCAGCUGCUCAUUAGAGCUGUACGGAACAGCCACACAGUUCCACAGACCUGCUUCCCCGUGCAUGGGCAGCACAGGGGCCCUGGCGAGGCAAGGCCAGCACCAAGCAGACAUUUUAGAGGAUUCCCGCUAAUUCUGAGCCAGAGGAGUUUUGGGACCACGAAAGUGGCAUCCAGGAAGGCUCUGUCCUCUGGGAGGCUUUCUGUCCGACUCAGCUCCCAGCAGGAAGGAAUGCGUAGAGCUUGCUGGGACAGCCACGACCUCCACGCACUGCUUUACCUGACAAUCACAGAGUGAAGGGUCCUGGGAAGGAAAGGUCAUUGUCAUUUAAUUUGUUGCUCAGCCUUUUGUGAGCUGGCUUCAUGAUUCCCGGCAUCAAUCACAUUACCAGAGCAAUGCAGUAAUUCAUAUUGGGAGAGAUAUGCUCUUGGAACACAUAAGUUCUAUUUUGUACUAUUUUAUUGUAAUAAUGUUGUGGUUUUUUGUCUAGUAUGAAAGGAAACAUCAUUGCUUGCUUCCAAAAUGAUGCAAACACAAAUAUUCAGUGAGUUAUUUUUAAAAGAGGUCCUCAUACAAGCACAUACAAGGUUUCUUAUAGGUUAGAAUAGAAUAGACAAAGUAGUUAGUUCAUAACAAUUCAGAGUGAAGUGGAACUUGCAUUAACUUGCAUAAAGAUAACUUUAAUACACAACUUGACAUAAAUCAUAUGAAGUCUUAAAAAUAUUGAUACGUAAUACACAGAAUCUCCAUGUAAAUCUCCAGGAUUUGAAAAAUGAGCAUUCUAAUGAUAUGCAUUCAGUGUUCUAGGAAAUCUCUUGGGUUCUCAAAAUAGAGCUUUUAACUUCUAGAUUGGGAACAUUAUUUUUAAUGCCCAGUGUCAUCUGUUUUUAAAUAUCGGGUUCCUCCUCAGUUUCUUUACAUUGUAUAGUAUUUUUAUGCAAGAGGACAAAUCAGAGUGUUUGGAAGAUGCUCAACCUGGCGCUUUUAGACUUGGAUAAGGGGACUCAUCUGCCAGGGGCUCCAUUCCCUCUCCGUCAGGGAGCUGUUUAUUCAGAGAGUGCUAGCUAAGUUAGGGCAAGCCUUUUUUAA